AUGAAUCAUCAUUCAAAUCUAUCUCAAUCUUCAUUAAAUAAUCAAAAUAAUACCAGUUCUAUUAAUAAUAAAAAGAAUGAUCAUCAAAAUUAUUAUGAUAUCUCGUUAAAUUCAACUCCAAAUGUCAAUAAUUUACGGAAAUUAAACUAUUCAACCUCGAGUUUAUCAUCAAAUAAUGGAACUAUAACCAAUACUAAUCCUUCCACUACAUCAUUAUCAAAAAAGAAAAUAUCUCCUUCCAGUGGUAAUCCUUCUUCGUCAUCUUCAUCUUCAACAACUCCUAAAAGAGUGGUUUCAUUAUCUUCCUUAAAUACUUUAAAUGAAUCAACUUCAAGUAGUAAAAGACCCGGAGAUUAUUAUAUUCAAAAAUUGUCUAAUAUAAAUCAUCCUUCUACUCAUUCUAUGAAACCUUCUCAUCCAUUACCUCCCUUACCCACCAAUACCAAUCCCAAUCUUAGACCCAUGUCCGGUGAAUCAUUGGCAUCAUUCUAUUCAGAUGAAUCAAGUCUGAUCUUAUCAUCUCAAUUCGAUCAUCCCAUCUUAGAAUCAAGUUUAUUAGAUUCUCGCUUGAAUUCAUUAACAAGUCAAUCCAUCGGUCCUUCCUCGGGGUCCCCUUCGAUUUUCAACGGUAGUUCGAAAUAUAAUCUGAUGUCGAUUGAAAAUGAUGAUGAAGAUGAUGAUAGUUCUCAUGUUGUGGUUGAUGAUGAUGAUAUGGAAAGUAAUGUCAGUACUGAUGAUAUGGGUGGGAAUUCAACCACAAUAAUCUCCGAAUCAUCGUUGAUUGAAGCUAGCAAUACUCCUUCAAAACGUAUUAAUCGAAGAUCAUCGGCACCUGCGGCUGAUUUCUCAAGUCCUAUCCUUGAUAAAUAUAGAACUCCUUCUUCUCAAUUUAAUACUUCUUAUGAUAAUAGUAUAAGUAAUUCUUCAACUCCAUAUAAGAAUUUAAAAUCAUUCUCGUCAUCGAAUAUCCAUCAUCAUCACCAUCAUCAUGUUUCACCACAAUCAAAACAACAGCAACAACCGAUACUAAGAUCAAAUUCGACAUCGUCAGCAUCAUCAUUAAUGUUAAAUCGUUCUAAAACAAGAUAUAUCAGCUCGAAAGAAAUCAAAGAACGUCAAAUCUUAAGAAAGAAGAAGUAUGAUGAUAAUGAUAAUGAUGAAGAAAUCUUAUCCACUGAUUUAGAUCAUUUAGUAUUUAACGUUCCCGUUAUUAAAAAUCAAGCGGAAUUAUAUAUGAAAAAUUCCAAAAUUAAUAGUCUUACUCAUCAUCAUUCAUCUGCUCAUCAUGCUCAAACCCAUCCUCAAGCUGGACCUAUAUCGAACUCAUCAUCUUUGAAUUCCACCACUUCUUCACCAACCCUCUCUCGAUCCAACUCGGUCUUGUCUAAAGCUGGGAAGGAGAAUGGCUUAUCUCGGAAUGAUUUAGUCACUGAUGUUGAUAAGUAUAAUACCAUUGUUGCUAGUACUAAUAUCAAACCUAUGCCAUUACCAGGUAGGUUGGGGUCUCAAACUGAUAUUACGAGAAUUUCUCCAACUGCUUCAAGAAGAGGUAGUAGUAGUAGUGCCAAUGGUAGUGUGGUGAAUAUUAUUGGACAUCAUGGUAAUUUAACUCAGAAUAGUAUUAUUGAAGAAGUUGAUGAUGAUUAUGAACAUGAAGAUACCACCAUCAAUUCUAGUUUCAAUUAUACCAAUGAAGAUAUUGAAAUCACUCAAAAUAUAAGUCAAUAUUAUAACCAACGGUCAGCUUCAUUUUCAAAAUUAAUUAAAUUAUCAAGAGAACAAUCUGUCAUGUAUAAAUUACCUAAUUUUAUUAAAUCUCAAUCAUCAAUGGAAGAUUUACAUUUAAUCUCGACUGAAAAAUUGAAUUUAAUCGAUCAAACUAGACCGAUUAACUUACCUCCCAAAUCAACCAAUGAUAAAUCGAAGCAUAAUAAGGAGUUUAAGAAAGUGUUGAAUAAUUAUGAAUUGAAUACGAAGAGUUUGAAUGAUGCCAGAUUCAGAACGUCAAAGAUUUAUGUCCAGAAUCAACAAGAAUGGCUUCGAUUACAUGUGAGUCUUUUCAAUCAUGAUGAAAAUAAUGAUGAAGGAGUGAUUAUUACUGAAUUUGAAACUGGAAAGGAAGAGUUUAAUAAGAAAUUUAAUCAAGAAAAGAAUGCCAUCCGGAAAUUGAAUUGGGAUUCAAAUAUUCCAAAAGCUUUACGAUUUAAAUUCUUCAUGAAGAUCUUAUCCAACAAUAAUAAUAGUCAAGAUUCAAUCCACACCAUUAAUAAUUCAUUUAAAGUUUUCGAUGAGAAAUAUAAGAUCUUACUGGAUUCAAUUAAAGUCAGUAAGGAUUUUGAAUUUAACAAAAUAAUCGAUAUGAUUUUAGAACGUCCAUUAUUCAAAUCAAUCAUAACUCAUCAUUUACAUGAUCAAUUAUCGACGUUCAAGUCUAAUUUCAAAUAUCUUUUAUAUAUUAAAUCAUUAUCGGAAUUUGGAUUAUCGAAACAUGAUGAGAUCUUCUUGAUUCCAACCUUCCUUAUUCUUUUCCAAUCUACUCAAACUUUACAAGAGAUUUAUUGUUUAUUGGAAUUAUUCAAUCAACAAAUCUUCACCAGAGAAUUCUUAUCGGAAUUGAAUAAUUCUUUAAGUAAUUGGAUUAAUGUGGAUAAUUUCUCCAGUAGUAAUUAUUUGGGUAAAUUCUUACAUAAUUUCAAGAAUAAUGAUGAUAUUAAAGAAUUUGAAAAUUUAAAUUCAACUAGUUUCUUUUAUAUCUUGACUCAAUUAAAUGAUCAAUUACCUUUAAGUUUAUCGGCUCCAUCCACUCCUAUCCUUAGUCAAUCCAAUCAAUUUUCAUUCACAUUCAAUUCUCCAGGUUCGAAUUUAAAUCUUGCUAAUCAUCAUGAAUCAAGCAGUAGUAGUUCCAUAAGUCCACAUGCAAGUAAAGAUAAAGAUGUCAAUGUGAUAACUACUACAACUUCUACAACCACUAUUAUCAAUCCUGAUGAUAAUGAUAUUAAUUCAUCGGUUUUACAAGCAUUAAUUAAACUUUUACAGACAUUAAUAAUUUAUUCCAAUUCUUUAAAAUCAAAAGAUAAAAACAAUUUAAAAGCAAUUCAAACUUUCUUAAUGAUAAUUUUUCAAUAUUAUCAUAUUGGAUGGAAUAAUUAUCAAGAUUUAAUUAAAUUAAACAAAUCCAUCAAAUUUAAUAAAAGUGCCGAUCAAAUCAUUAAUUUAGAUUCUUUCGUGGAUAAAUGGAAAGAUAUCUUUAAAAAAUCAUGA